AUGGACGGUCCUUAUGCCUUCGCCACCCUCGUAACUUCAGAUCACUAUCUUCCCGGUGCUCUCGCUGUUGCCGCGGCAAUCAAGGACCUUCACGCGUCUCCCGCCGCCUCUCUAGAGGUUGCUUUCCAAACAGUAUGUUUGGUCACUCCGGAGACCGUCGACGUGUCCUCUAUAAAGCUCCUGCGACGGGCCUUUGAUUUGGUCAUUGGCGUGGAGGUUAUAGAGGAUGAAGGUGGCACAGGGCUACAGCUGCUCGGUCGCCCGGACCUCAGCCAGGUCCUUACCAAGUUGCACGUAUUUCGGUUGACUCAAUUCGCCAAAAUCGUCUUCCUCGACGCGGACGUUCUCCCGAUACGGGCGCUAUCGCAUCUGUUCACUAUCCCCCAUGAAUUCGCAGCUGUACCCGAUGUUGGCUGGCCGGAUAUCUUCAACUCAGGCGUCAUGGUCCUCACGCCUGGGGAGGAUAAGUUCGAGGAACUUAGGGAGCUGCUCAAGACGAAAGGCACUUGGGACGGCGGCGACCAAGGCCUACUCAACGAAUGGAGAGGUGGGAACUGGCAUAGGCUCAGCUUUACGUAUAACACUACGCCUACCGCUGCUUACACCUACGCGCCUGCCUACGAGCGUUUCGGGUCGGAGAUAUCUGCCAUUCACUUCAUUGGACCCAACAAGCCAUGGGUAUCCAUCUCGUAUCGCCCACCGGGAACGAAGUAUGGCCAAUCCUCCUCGAACACCGUCCUGGAUCCGAAGGCUCCCGCAUACAAUUACGACUCGCUCGUCGACCGCUGGUUCGACGUGUAUGACAGGCACUACCGUUCCGAAGAGUCUGCUCAGCAUGCCGACUUCGAGUUCUCCCGAUACGACUCUGCCUGGGACUUUGGAUCAGGCUUUGACGCAGAGAUGGCGCGUCCCCCUCCGGGGCCGCCCCCUGGCGGUGCACUCGGUUUGGACGACUUGCGCAAGAUCGCUGUCGAGGGGAUCAAUGGCUACAACGCCUCCGCACAACAGCCACAGUGGCCAUCCAUUGGCGAGUAUCGAUCGAUGCCGCUGGAGGGCCGUGUGGACUUGAUGCGUCCGCGCAAGGAGCCUCCGCCUGCACAGGAGAAAGGUGGGGAGGAAGGUGGGCAUGACCAGGGUGGGGACCAGGGCGGGGAUCAGAAUCUGACGCCAAAGCAGGCGUUCCGGGUUCUUGAAGGUGGCGAACUCCCCAGGAUGGAGACGCUGCCUACACCUCUCCCGAGCGAGGUACCCGGAGCACCGUAUCACGGCCCCCUUUCUCUGCCGCCCUCCGGAGCCUCAACGCCGUACCAGUACCCACAGCCCGGGCAGGACCAGUCGCACUUGCCGCAGCAUUAUCCUCAACUACAGACAUACGAUGAUACCGAAUGGCAGGACUCCGACUUCCAGCAUAGCUACCUCCAGCACCUGGAGCGAUGCCGGGACAUUGGUCACCGCAAGGCGAUCGGCGAUUCUGGUCGCAGACCGCUCAGCAGCACCGCCGAGAAAGCGAGCAGUCUGACGCUGACGACCAAGACGACUCCACACCGUGGCAGCCGUCGUGGAAAGCGCAAGACUCUGGGCGACCUCGCGGGUCCUCACUCCAGAGUGAGCGUGGUCAUCACCACCAUCAUCACCACCACCGCUCCCAAGGCGAGCCUCAACAACAUCCGCCUUCGGAGCGUCUGCCUCACGUCCACCAUCGAGAUGCACCGCGACAGAGUGGGCAGCAGAGCCCCUCCGUCUUCCCUCACCACAUCAACACCCGUGUCGGUCAUCAGUCUCCUCGAGGCGUUCACUCACCUAGGGGUCACCGGUCACCUAAGGGUCACCACUCCCCCCGGGGUCACCACACUCCCCCGCAAACCCGCCAUUCCCCGCCUUUGCCCGUUCAUCAACCCGGCCCACAACAAGCCCACCACUCUCAUCCUCUUCACCAGCCUGCGCAUCAGCAACAGCACCAGCACCAGCCCUCGCACCAGCAUCAUGAUCAACCUCAUCCACCCCACACCUCCCCCUACUUCUGCUUUCCCAUUGGACACAUAUUUCCCUAAUGUGUGGGACCAGGCGCCGAGCCAGGAGCACGAUGCGACCCAUCAGUCGUUCCCUCCCCACCUGGUUAGCCACCAGUCCGAGACCUUCUUCAACCCCCCGCCUCCGGCCGAGAUACCAGAACAGCUGCUUCGCGAGGGCCAAUACUCCAACGUGAUCGGCCGCCCAGCAGAGAGCUCGCCUGGGUCUCCCUCCGCCCACCCCGCGCCUGACCCUACCAAGCUCCAUGCGAUUUUCCCCUGGGAGGAGAAGCCGAGACCGAUGCCUCGCCGUGUGUUCCCGAUAUCGGACUCGCCGCCCCCUAUUGCGAACUUCGUGGAGGAGCCUCGCCCUGUGAGACAGCCUCCCAGACCACGCGUGGCAUCACAGUCACACGUCCCCCCUCCGUCUGCCGGCCUCCCCUUGAAUCUCAACCUCGCCUACCAAAACGCAUGGGACACUGUGCCUAGCAUCCAGCACUACGCCACGAAGCUUGUACGCCCGCAUCAUUCCAUUCACCAACCGCCGCCCCCAGAUCACGAUGUGGGCUGGCGGAAGUGGGAUGAGGAGCGCGAACGCGUGUACCAGGAGAAACAGGAUGCGAGCAGCAUGGACGGUGAUGACGAAGACGAAGGGGAUGAUGACGACGACGACGCCCACGAGCAGACUUCGCGCUGGGAUAGCGAGAGUAGCAAGGACCGUACCCAGGCCCGCCGCCCGCGUGCUGGCAGCUCUGCGUCCACUUCGUCCGUUCAAGGGAAGAAAUACCAUGGCCGUGGUAUUCAAACGGAUCAGAUCGAGACGCGCAGCAUGGGUGUACAGGUCAAUGUAUGGGCAGAGAGCGUGGCAGCUGCGACGCAGAAGCUCGAGGACCCAAAGCCCAGUCGCGGAGUCGGAACGUCGACUAGGCAACGAACUCAGCCCCCAUCUGGCAUAGGGCUACUUCCUCCGGUCACGAUGCGCGAAUUCAAGCGCGAUCCCGACCAGAUGGGAGUUGCGUCUACCCCAGCUGUGACCCAGCCGAUGAUGGGCGUAAUGCCCUUCCCGUCGAGCGCCUCCCCUACGGGGAUCAGGUCGCCCCAGUUCCUGGGCUCGCCCCGGACGUAUACGCCCCCAAGGGCUGCGAGCCCACUCCGUAUCCCCUCUCCCCCGAAGAUCGCGUCUCCGAAGCCCCACACGCCUCCAAAAGUCUCUUCGCCGAAGGGACCGCACUCGCCGAAGUCGACGAUGGUUCCGCGUCGCCUGUCGGCCGCCCAGAUGCCGACCAGCAGACUUGCCGGGUCGCCCAAGCCCGCCUCGCCCAAGCCGGGAUCGCCUGUCGUCGGUCUGUCGGUCGCUACCUCUCCGCGCCAGUCCCCGAAGCUCACGCGGCUCACUGCUCCGUUCAACUCCUCGCCGCCGCUUCACCGGUCGUCCUCGAACGACACAGUCGUAGCCUCUUCUCCUUCCACCCAAGGGCCUGUGGAGACACCGGAGGGCACCCCAGUGUUGGGCACGAUCCCCCUGCGCAAGGGUGGCCGGGUGUGGGAUCCCGCGCGCGGCGUGGACGUGUUCAAGCGCUCCUCGGAGGAGGUGCUGGCACGGUUCCUGCGCACCGGCUCCUUCGACGAGGACGAAGUGCAGCGGCGCCAUGUCUGAUCACGGACGCCUCCUUCGACCCAUGUGCAUGUUCCCCUCUCCCCCUGCAAUUCUUUUCUUCCUGUUUGUAGUUGUUAGAUGUUGUCUGUCUCAUUAUUGCCUUUCGGUUUCCCGCGCUUUCAGUCUCUCUCUCCCAUCAUGCAUCUCUCUCUCCCCAUCUGCAAGUCCAUCCGUCCUACUCGCCCCGACCCCUCCUCCAUCACGAAGUCUCCCCGUCCUAUAUAAUGCCAUCCCCCCUCUCCGAACUCGCCACGCACGUCGUUUCCCGGUUCCCUACGUUCGUUCAUUCAUUUCUCGCGAUCGCAUGCAUACCUCCAUUCGUGCACAUACCCCCAUUCCGUUCACUUGCCAGGUUCGAUUUGUCAUCGCCGUCCAUUCUUUCCUAGAUAGUAUUUGCCACGGACAGUAGUCGUAGGUUUCCUAGGAGCACGGAAGGGCCGCGCGUUAGCUGGGAUCACUUGCAAUUCCAUCCUCAAUCUCCC